AUGCGGAUUAACGUAUUCUUAUGGGCCCUGAUCCAAACGGUGUUUCUGGCGUCAGUCAGAGCUUCCAACAACUCAAACACAACCAAACUCAUAGGAACAUCCUCAUUGCUAACAUGCAUGGAAAACUCGCAAUUCACAGCGUCUUUUUUUGAGGUGCAGUACCUGGCUCAUAACAAGACAGUGGUGUUCAACAUUGAUGCAACCACAACAAUACAGGAUAACAUCACUGCACAAGUUGAAGUUAUCGUAUAUGGGCUCAACGUUAUGGAGACGAAGGUGGAUCUGUGCAAACUGGGCCAAAAAGCCCUAUGCCCUUUGCAAGCAGGCCGAAUUGACGUGAACUCCUAUCAGCAAUUAAAUACAGAUCUGGUAAAUCAACUGCCAGCGGUGACCUACACGAUUCCAGAUUUGGAUGCGCAGGUCCGUGUCGUGGUAUAUUCUACCAGCGAUACCAAACAGGACAAACCAUUAGCCUGUGUAGUGGCACCUCUGACGAAUGGGAUCACCGUGCAAACAAAAUACGCUUCAUGGCCGAUCGCUGCCAUAUCAGGUGUUGGUGUGUUAACGUCUGGUUUCGUUUCUGUACUGGGCCACUCCACAACAGCCGCUCAUAUUGCGUCCAAUUCUAUUUCUCUUUUCAUCUAUUUCCAAAAUUUGGCCAUUACUUCGAUGAUGGGGGUGUCCAGAGUACCCCCAAUCGCAGCAGCCUGGUCACAGAACUUUCAGUGGUCGAUGGGUAUCAUCAACGUGCGUUUCAUGCAGGAUAUUUUCAACUGGUACGUCCAGGCCACAGGUGGUGACUCCACAGUUGUCGUAGCCAAUAAGGACGUUUUGUCCAUCUCUGUUCAAAAGAAGAGAUUGAAAAGAGCUGUGGCAGAAGGCGCUAAGAAACUUUACAAGCGAAUCUCUGUUGCCACCAGUGAUAGUUUUGACGUGGGUGCCUUCAUGAACCAGUCGAACCUUUACACUACAAACGAGAGGAACUCAACUAAUUACGCGUCGAAGACUCUUGUGCUACACGGUAUUCAACGUGUCGCCUUCAAAGCGAGAAUUGAGCUGUCCAAUCUCUUCUUGACAGGUGUCGUUUUUACCUUCUUUUUCGUUUUUGUUGUUGUGAUUGCCCUUAUGUUUUUCAAGGCUAUCGUUGAGUUGCUCACCAGGUUCCGUGUCAUGGCCGAAUCCUCUAAGUUCUUCGAGUACCGUAAGAGCUGGAGCAACAUUAUCAAAGGUACGCUGUUCAGACUUUGUAUUAUCGCGUUCCCUCAAUUGUCAAUUUUGAGUAUUUGGGAAUUUACCCAACGCGAUUCUCCAGCUGUUGUCGUGGAUGCCGUUGCUGUUUUCCUCAUAGUUACCUUUGUGCUACUUUACGGUAUCGUCAAGGUGAUUUUGAGAGGUCGUGAGUCGAAUCGUCUCUACAAGACUCCUGCCUACAUGCUUUACGGUGAUGCCAACUUCUUGAACAGGUACGGUUUCCUAUAUGUCCAAUUCAAAGCUGACAUGUAUUGGUGGCUGAUUCCCUUCAUGGCUUACGCUCUCUUGAGAUCUAUCUUCGUCGCUGUCCUACAAGACAUGGGCCGUGCACAGGCGGUGGUGAUUUUUGCCACUGAGCUGAUUUAUUUUGUGGCAAUUUGCUGGAAAAGGCCGUACAUGGAUAAACGUACCAAUGCGUUCAACAUAGUGAUCCACCUGGUGAAUUUCCUCAACUCCAUUUUCUUUUUGUUCUUCUCCAACAUCUUCAAACAGCCACAGGUAGUAUCAUCGGUCAUGGCCGUUGUGCUGUUUGUCUUAAACGCGGUAUUUGCUUUAUUCCUUCUCAUCUUUACCAUUGUGACUUGCGCACUUGCUCUGGUCCACAGAAACCCAGACUCUCGCUACCAACCGAUGAAAGACGACCGGGUGUCGUUCAUUCCCAAGAUACAGACAAAUGGCGCUGCCUCAAAGUCAGAGGCCGAACUGUUUGAGCUUGGAAAAGCGGCUAUGAUCACCAACGAGGCAACCAAAUAUCCUUCUAGCGGCGACAGUUCUUCUAGAAACAAAAGUUCGCGAAAACUGCUGUUUGACGACGAAGUCGAUGAAAGCUCGCAGUUCGAGGACCACUCAAGCUCUAGAGAGAAACGCGCUUACAGCGGCGAAGCACAGGCUUUGCAGCCCACUUCUGCGGUGCUGGGAACAAGCACAUUCGGCACCAACCCUUACCAGAAAGUGCCCACUGCUCCUGCUGGGCGCAGUGCUCAGAAUUUGCGUGCUCCUGAAACCUCUUUCAACAACAACACGGGUUAUCAAGGAUACGUAGCAGAUGCGUCCAAUCCCUAUUCCAACGGCAGAUCGUAUCUAUAA